GGCCAAACAUCAACAAUAACAAGCAUCACGGUCAUCGUGAUCUGUUCUCCCAGUAUCACGUUGUACACGACUCAUUAUCGCAUGUUCCCUCACUCGCAGUAGCAAACAUGACGCAAGUCAAGCUCUGGCUAUCGCUGAAAUGAGAUGUGCUGUGCUGUGCUUGCUGUUGUAUUCCAUUCCACUGGUCGUCAAUCAUACUCAGUUUAAUUGCCUGGAGGAUCGGAAAUAUGUGAUGCUAAACAUUUGUGUGAUCGAAAAUUUUCGAACGUCUAAAGCCGCCGAUCUGACUGGCUUCGUCAAACCCAACGUAACGCAGCUGGAGUUUCGGAACCCAACAAUUCGUCAUUUUGGCAUUGACUUUUUCCAACUGAUCGCCGACGCCAAACGUGUGACUUUACGCAAUGGAUUCGUACGAGAAGUACUUAUCCACUCGUCCACAAUCGAGGAACUGCAAGUUUUGGGUACGGAUCUCGUCGAACUUGACACUUUGGCAGAACACAACUAUAGUUUGAAGAAACUCGCAGUUCGCUCACCGGUGUUUUCCAGGUGGUCCUCCAACUUAAGAUUUCUAACAGCGCUGGAAGUGAUCGAUAUUGCAUACUGCAAUUUCUCCUAUCUUAAUUUGGAUUGGUUCUCCACGUUCAAGCAGCUACACGUGUUGGAUGUUUCCAACAACAGGCUACAUUCGGUUCACAGCACGCCAUUUCUCCAGCUGAAGCCACUGGAGGAGCUGUAUCUUGCAGGUAAUCAGUUGGAAUUUAUGUGGAGAUUCCCGGACGCUUUCCCGAAUUUGGCACUGAUAAGUUUGUCCGAGAAUCGGUGGCUUUGCGAGUGGCUAUCGAUGGCGAGAGAUGUUAUCUGGCAAAUGUCUAUUGCUUUGAUGGAUUCAGACUUUAGCUGUCAGGAAGGAUGGGUGAGAAAUGGUGGAGUCUGCUGCAAAGAGAGUAAAAAAGAUAAAAAGAAUGAAAACAUAGGGGAGUCUGAUUUGGUAGUUACGAAUGCAGAAUUAGACAUUAUAUUGGUAGAUACGGGGAAAAGUGGUCAGGAGCUCGCUAUUGGUGCCGAGAUGGGCAACGCUACCGUGUAUUUCGAUGAAUUGAUUCCGGUUUGAUGUGCAGUGAAUAAAAAUUAACAAAAUCCA